CCCCGCGCGGCCAGGAGGUAGGCGACAGGGUGGAGUCUCCGGCGGGGGCGGCCGCGCAGCUCCACCUGUUGCCGCGUCGGAGCGCACAGGCAGAGCAAGGAAGAGCUCGGCGUGCGCUCCUGCACCCCCGCGCUGCCCUGCAGGGCGCGGCUGCGGAGAGGAGGGGACCUGGGGACAGUCCCGCCAAAGUAGAGCAGAGGGGCCGUCUUCCGGAGCCCCUCGGCCCGCGAUCACCACUCGGCACGGUCCCCCGGUCGGUGCGCCCGCCCGGGACCUGUUCCAGCCUGUAAGACCCGACAGCGGGGCCGGUGACCCGAGGGGCGCGAGCGACGCCGCGACUGGGACGCAGCACCGCAGAUCCACCUGCAGCGCCCGGACUGAGACCGGUCGUCUCGAGAAGUGAUGGUCAAAGGGAUGAAGGCCGCGGGGCUCCCCUUACCCUCCAGCCUGCGAAGCCCGCGGACCCUCGCUCCCGGGGACGCUCGCCCUCGCAGGUGUGCGUCCUGAACACGCGCCACGCCCCCUCCCCAAUCUCAGCCGCGCCGGGCUCCGGGGCGGAAACGACCCCGCACCCUCGUGCCAAGCAGAAGCGGGCUCCGCACCUUCUCGCUCGAACCUUUGGCAUUUGGGAGAACUAAGCGGCGGCGAGAAGCCGGAUUCGAAACCAGGAGUCGGGGCGGCGGAGGGGGGUUGGUUCCACUGGAGCAGGAGCCGCGGGACCGGGAAGCGCCCAGCGGGCAUGGGCGAGCCCGUGGUCGCGCGGCCGCGGACCCGCUGAGCGCUCGGCUGAGCCCCGACCUCCGGGGGGCCUGGGCGAGAGUCCGCCCGCCGUCGCGGCCGUCCGGCGCGGGGCUCCCCGGGGCCUGGCCAUGGCCGGCCGGGGUUGCGGCUGCAGCUGCGGCCCGGGCCACCUGAACGAGGACAACGCGCGCUUCCUGCUGCUCGCGGCGCUCAUCGUGCUGUACCUGCUGGGCGGCGCCGCGGUCUUCUCCGCGCUGGAGCUGGCGCACGAGCGCCAGGCCAAGCAGCGCUGGGAGGAGCGCCUGGCCAACUUCAGCCGCCGCCACAACCUGAGUCGCCAGGAGCUGCGCGGCUUCCUCCGCCACUACGAGGAAGCGACGGAGGCCGGCAUCCGUAUGGACAACACCCGUCCGCGCUGGGACUUCACCGGCGCCUUCUACUUCGUGGGCACCGUGGUGUCCACCAUAGGGUUUGGGAUGACGACCCCGGGGACAGUAGGAGGAAAAAUCUUCCUGAUCUUUUACGGCCUCAUCGGGUGUGCGAGCACCAUCUUGUUCUUCAACCUGUUCCUGGAGCGACUGAUCACCGUCAUCGCCUACAUCAUGAAGUCCUGCCACCAGCGGCAGCUGCGGAGACGCAGGGCGCUGCCCCAGGACAGCCUGAAGAACCUGGGCAGGUCCGAGGCGGACGGCCUGGCCGGCUGGAAGCCCUCCGUGUACUACGUGAUGCUGAUCCUGUGCCUGGCCUCCCUGCUCAUCUCCUGCUGCGCCUCCGCCAUGUACAGCUCCGUCGAAGGCUGGAGCUACUUCGACUCGCUCUACUUCUGCUUCGUGGCUUUCAGCACCAUCGGCUUCGGGGACCUUGUCAGCAGCCAGAACGCCCAGUACGAGAGCCAAGGCGUCUACCGCUUCGCCAACUUUGUCUUCAUCCUCAUGGGCGUCUGCUGCAUCUACUCCUUGUUCAAUGUCAUCUCCAUCCUCAUCAAACAGUCCGUGAACUGGAUCCUGAGGAAGGUGGGUGGCGGCUGCUGCCAGCAGUGCCAGAGCGGGCUCCCGCGGUCGCGGAGGAACGUGAUCAUGCCGGGCAACGUCCAGAACCCGUGCAGCGUCUCCAUUGAAACGGACGGGGUGUUGGAGAGUGACCUGGACGGGCGGAGUCCCUCUGGGGAGGGAAUCUCCGGGAAGGACUGCCCGAUAGCCAACAGGGCCUCACUGCCCAUCCUGCAGAAGCAGCUGCCCGAGGCAGCCAACGGCUGCCCCCACCAGACCGGCUCUCUGCACAGGGACAAUGAAUUCUCAGGCGGAGUGGGAGCCUUUGCGAUAAUGAACAACAGGCUGGCAGAGACGAGUGGGGACAGGUAGGACAGAGGAGGCCGAGGGGAGAGUAGCCACAGGGGGGACUGUCACCCAGUUCAGCUCUGCGCAUGGCUGGGUUGGUUCUGGAGCUCUUCCUACCGGCUUCUUUAAGGCCGGCUCCAGAAACCGCAUCUUCUAGGCUCCAACAAGCAGCCAGUUUUGAGGGCUGUGGGAAGCCGAAGCAGCCAGGCCUUUCUCCUCAUCUUUAUUCUUACAUUUCAACUCAGUCUUUUAAACGCAAACCGCACAGACCUGGCCCUGUUUCUUUAUUCUUUCUGCUCCAGGAUUGUGGUGGCCUGGGGGAGGGGCUGGGUGAAGGGACGGCUUGAUUUCCUGCUGCUCUGUCCUUUAUUUGGACAUAAAAAUCCUGAAGAUCCUCAUUCUCCCCAGGAACUCUGCAUAGCUGAAUUCGCUUCCUCUCCCAGCCACUUAAAACAAAACAAAACAAAACAAAACAAAACAAAACAAAACAAAACGAA